AUGACAACAUUUGAAAAAAUAGGUAUACAAGGAAUUAGAAGUUAUUGUGAUGAUAAUGUAGAAAAAAUAAAUUUUUCGUCUCCCAUUACAAUAAUAUACGGAAAUAACGGGAGUGGUAAGUCAACCAUUAUUGAAUGUUUGAAAGUAAGUUGUACUGGAGAUUUUCCUCCGAAUGCAGAAAAAGGAAAAUCAUUUAUUCAUGAUCCAUUAAUAUCCAAUAAAAUGAAUAUAAAAGGUAAAAUUGAUUUAAUGAUUAAAAAUUAUAAUAAUAAAAAAAUAGGAAUAUCAAGGUCAUUUAAUUUAUUUUAUUCCAAAGAUAAAAAUAAAAAAAUAAAACACACAUUCAGAGCUUUAGAUAAUUCUAUUAUUAUUAAGAAAGAUAAAGGAGAUGAUAUUAUUAUUACUAAUAAAUGUAUUGAUAUAAAUAAUCACAUACCUAAAUUAAUGGGAGUUUCAAAAUCGCUUUUAGAAAAUGUUAUAUUAUGUCACCAUGAUGAAAGCUUAUGGCCAUUUAGUGAAUCAACAAAAAUAAAAAAGAAAUUUGAUGAAUUAUUUGGUGAUGAUCAUUUUUCUAAAAUAUUAGAUGAACUAAUAAAAUGCAAAAAACAUAUUAACGAAGUGUUAAAAAAAAAGGAAUUUGAGUUAUUAGCGAUUAAAGAUUGUUAUGAGAAAAAAAAAAAUAUUAAUUUAGAAAUUGAAAAAAAUGAAAAAGAAAUUGAAAAUACUGAAAUUUGUAUACAAUUAGAUCAAGAAGAAAUAAAAGAAAAUUCCAUAAUAUUAGAUAAUCUAAAUAAAAAAAGUAGUAUUUUUUAUAAAAUAAUUUCUAACAUAAAUACAUAUUUUAUUUUAUACGAUAAAUUUAAAUUAGAUUUAGAACAAUAUCAAAAUAUAAAAGAAAUAUAUGAAGAAAGUUCAGAAGAGUUAAAAAAUUUUCAACAACUCAUUAAAAAUGAUUUAUUUAAUUGCCAAAAUUUGAUUGAAAAAGCUAAAGACGAAAUUACACAUUUGGAAAAUGAAACUGAAAAAUGCUUAAAAUCCUACGACGAAUCAAAUAUAAAGGAAAAUGAUGUAAUUAAAAAAAACAUUAAUAUUUUAAAUAAAAAGGAAAAAAAAUUAAUAGAUAACUUUAAAAACUUUUUUGAUAUGGAGCAUAUUUUUUUUAAUAGCGUAAAGGAAAAGGAUAUAAAGAUAUUUCUUUUAAAAGAAUAUUUACAAUUAAUACAUAUAAUAGAAAGUAAUGAAGUAUUCAUAAAAAAAUAUUUAAAAUGGGAUGAUAUUUUAUCAAAAAAAAAUUAUAAUUUUAAAUUCAGCAUAAAAAACAAUUCCAUAGAUAUAGAUAAAUUCAUAAGUCUUAAUAAUUCACUGGAUAAAAAUAUUUUAUUAGAAAUUAAGAAUGCAGAAAAAAAGCAUAAAAGAAAAAUAAAAGUAAUUAGAUAUUUUUUAAAACGCAAUUUUAUCUGUUACCACAAGAAUUUACAAAAAAAAAUUAGAAUUUUAAAGGAAAAUAAAAUUUAUAAAAAGAAAAUUUUAAAAAUAGACAAAAAAUUAAAAAAGAUAGAAAAAUAUAAAGAAAAAUUGAAUAGUCUAAAAACAAAGGAAGAGAUAUAUGAAGAUAAUAUAAAAAAAUUAGAAAAACUGAGCCAGUUGAAGUAUUUUCAUGAUACUAUUAACAUAGAGGAAAUUGACAAUUAUAAUUUAAAAGAAGAAAAAAAUUGCUAUGAGGAUCAAUUAAUGAAUUACAAUAAUCAAUUGAUUAAUAUUUCUAAUAUAAAAAAUACACUAAAUAAAAUUUUUCUUAUUGUAACUAAUUGCAACUUGUUUUAUGAAUCUUUUUUAAACAUUCAAAUAAUUCAAAAUAAAAUAUUUGAUUUUAUGAAAGAAAAAACUGCUUUUUUUUGCCAAAUAACUAACAAUCAUAAAAUUUAUAACUUAAUAAAAGAAGAGAAGAAUUUAUACUUAUAUAUAGAAAAAUUUUUACUUUAUAAUGAUUCAAUAUCUGCAGCAUUUGAAAAGCAGGAGAAAACAAAUUUAAGUAUAAUCAAAAAGGAAACACGACAAAUUGAUACAAUAUCAAAUACUAAUGAUAAUAAAAAAAGAAAAAAUAGCUGCGAUGUGAAAUCUACUGAUUAUAAUAAAUUUACAGAAAGCAUAAUACAGAAAAGUACUGUCGAUUUAGAAAAAAACUUGCAAAAUGAAGAUAAAAUAGAAGAAAUAAAAAAAAAAAAUAAAAGAGAAAAUGUAUCAUUAAGUGAAGUAAAAUACCAAUUGAAGAAAAGAAAAACUAUAUUUGAUUUUUCCUUUUUUAAUAAUAAUAAAUUGGAUACAUUGAAAAUUAUAAUAAAUAAGUUUAUAGAGAAAUAUGAGACAAAAAUAGAAAAUGUAGAGAAUCAAAUAAAUCUUUUAAAAAAAAAAAUUGAGUUUAUUUCAAAAGAAUUAGAUGAUAUAAAAUAUAAAAUGGAAAAUUAUUCUAAUACAUUAUCUGAGUUUAAUUUAAUGCUGCAAAAACAUCAGUUUAAAAAUAUGAAUAAUUUUAUGUUGUCCUUUUGCACUAUUAGAAAAGAUAUGAAAAAAAUUAAGCUGGAUAUAUUUGACUUAUGUAAAAAAGAAGAGUCAUUAAAUAAUUUUUUAGAAAAUUCUGAAAAAAACAAAUUUUGUGAUUUAUGCAAAAAUGAUAUUAAUGAAUAUCAAUUAGAUAGAGUUAAAUUAAAUACUACUAUCAAAAAAAAGGAGAUACACCAACAAGUAGAAGAGAAAAAGACACAUUUUAAUAAUUUAAAAAAUAAAAAAAAAGAAUUAAUUCCUUUAGUAAAUUAUUAUCGUUAUUAUAUAGAUCCUAUUGAUAGAGAAACUAAAUCAAUAAAUGAAGAAAUAAAUUCUCGAAAAAAAAAAUUACUUGGCAUACAAAAUAAUAUAAAUAAAUAUUCUAUAAAAAUUAAUAAAAUCAAUGAAAAAUAUAAGCUAAUGAAACAAUUUCAAAAUAGUUGUAUUGAUUUAAUUAAUAAAGAAAAAGAUAUUAUUUGUGAAAGAGAACAUUUUAUUACUCAAUACACACAAAUGAAAAACAAAAACGAUGUCUUACAAGAGUUAGGAAACAAUAAUACAUUUGAAGAGGUAAUAGAUUUUUUAUUUAAGUCUUUAGAACAAAUUGAUAUUGAAAAAAAAAAUUUAAAAGAACUAAAAGAAUUCCUUGAUAAUUUUAAAAAAUUUGUCCAUAGAGAAGUUAUAACAUUUAUUUUUGAUACAACUAAUACUUUUAUUAAAGAAAAUUUAUUUCUAAAUGGAGAUGAUAUAAUUAAUAGUGAAUUCAAAAUAAAUACCUUUAAAAAUAAGUAUGAAAAUAAUCAUGAACAUUUUUCUAAAUGCAUCUUGAGAGAAAAAAUAAAUAGAGAAGAAAAGAAAUGUAAAAUAAGUAAAGAUGAGAAUGAAGAAUUUAAUAAUAUCAUAAAUAGGAAAACAGAUAAUUUACACAAAGAAGUAAGAGAAGAAAUAUAUGAAAAAUGUAAGAAUAAUAUAGGAAGAAAGAUAAAAUGUGAUGAAUAUAUUAAAAAAGAGAAAACUUAUUGUAUAAAUGAAGAAACUAAAAACAAUCUUAAUGAAUUUUUACAUUAUAACAUUAAUAAUGAAAAUAUAGAAGAAAUAAAUAAUUCGUAUAAUUUUUUUCUCACUUUAAUGUUUGAAAAAAAAAAAUUAUUUAAGUUACAUAACAAUGUAACAAUGAAUGCUUAUGAAGAAAAAUUAGAUAACGAAUUUAUUCUUAAGAAUUUUAACUUCGUUCAUAAUAUGAAAAUAAUAAUAAAAAUUAAUACAUUUUUUGAAAAAAUAUAUGAUAAGUGUUUAUUAUUUAUAUAUUUAGAAGAAUUUAAAAAAAAAGAACAAAUAAACAUGAUAAACAAAAUGAAAUCAGUUAUAAAUGAUAGAAAUAAACAUAUAAGAGAAAAAGAAAAAGAAUUAGAAAAAUCCAUAAAGGUAGAUAAAAGUAUUAGAGAUUUGAUAAAGAAAAUGGAAAAAUAUAUUUCAUAUUAUUUAAAAAAAAGGGGGCACAUGGAAAAUUGUUUAUUACAAAAUUCUGUAUUACUUAAGAAAUGCGAAAUUCGAGAAAAAUGCAUCAGAAAAUGUAUUAUAAAUAAUAAAAAUAGUGCUUAUCAUGAAAAUAAAAACUACUAUGUUAAAAUAAACAUAAUGAAUGAAUUUAUCGAAGAGAUAGAAAGGAUAAGUUUAGAAAAAGGAGAGAAAGAAAAAAAUUUAAAUAAAGUUAAAGAACAAAUAUAUAACAACGAAGCAAUUAAGAAUGAAGUAAACAACAUCGUUAAAAAAAUUAAUCAAAAGAAGGAACACAUAUUAUGUUUAGAAAAGGAAAAAAUAAAUAUUGAAAAAGUGCACCAAUCUAUUGUUAUGAAUACUAAUUUAAAAAAAAGUCAUGAAAGAUUUUUAGAUCAUCAUAAGAAAUUUAUUUCUUUCAUAGUUGAAUUAAAAAAUUCCAUUUUUUUAGAAAAGAAAAAGGAAGAAGGACUAAUUGAAAUAAAUUCUAUAAUAAAACAAUUAGAACAAAAUUACGAAAGUAGUCAUGAUAUACAUAAUUUUUUAACUGAAUCAUUUGAUUUCUCAAAUUAUAAAAAAAAAUUAAAUGAACUAAUAAAUAUAAAAGAAGGAGAAUUAAAAGAAAAAAUAAAUGUCUACACAAAAAAAAUUAAUAAUUUAAAAAUAAAAGAAGCAGAAAUGAAAGGUAAAGUAAGCUUAAGGAAAGAAUAUGUCGAAAAAUUAAAAAAAGAUAUAAAAUCUAAGUUAUUUAUUAACAUAGAAAAUGAAUAUAAAAAAAAAAUUGUUGAAAUAUAUGUGCAUAAAAAUAUAAUAAAAGAUAUAUGCAACUUUCAUUUUUCCUUUGAUCAAGCCAUAAUUAAAUUUCAUUCCUUAAAAAUGCAAGAAAUUAAUAUAUCCAUAAAAAAUUUAUGGCGAAGAGUAUAUACUAGUGCAGACAUUGACUAUAUUUAUAUUAAAUCAGAUGUACAAACAGAAUGUAAUGAUAAGCUUAAUCAAAGAAGAUCAUAUAAUUAUCGAGUUGUUAUGGUAAAAGAUAACUGUGAACUUGAUAUGAAAGGGAGAUGCUCAUCAGGUCAGAAAGUCUUAUCUUCUAUCAUAAUUCGAUUGGCAUUAGCUGAAUCAUUUUCCAUUAAAUGUGGAAUAUUAGCCCUAGAUGAGCCUACAACAAAUUUAGAUAAAUCUAAUUCAAGAAAUCUAGCUAAUUUAAUCGCAAAUAUAGUAGACUUAAGAAAAAAUAAUUCUGCUUUCCAACUUAUUCUUAUAACACAUGAUACCUAUUUUGUUGAUGUAUUAUCACAAUAUGGAUUAACCAAUUGUUUUUAUAAAAUUAAAAAAGAUGAACAUGGAUAUUCCAAAAUAGAAAAAGUACAAACGUAA